UGUGGUGGGAGCUAGCUCAUAUUACCAUCCAGCUUUGGCACCCUGUUUCCCAGGGUCGACUAGGCAAAGCCAGCCUGCAGAGCAAGCAGAGGUCACCAGGAAGGGGAGCUGGCUGAACAGAGAUCCAAUUUCCAGCAGAAACCUAGGACCUCGGAGUUAAAGGACGAAUUUAUGGGCCUUUAAAUGAUCAGGACUCUGAAUAUUCACUGACUGAGAAGGAUUGUUCUGUAUCAAUGGAGGAGGAAGCAGGGGAGGAGCCAGGGCUGGGCAGGUCAACGGCCUCCAAAGACUUCCACUUUUAUCACAUGGACCUGUAUGACUCUGAAGAUAGACUGCAGCUCUUCCCAGGAGAAAGCAGCAGAGUCAGGAGGGAAGUCACCCAGGCUGAACUGACCAAUGAGCCAAGAGGGCCAGGGGACAGUAAGAGUCUUCAGAACGAAGUGGACGAGCUUGUCCAUUUAUACGGACUUGAAGAUGAUCACGAGUUAGGGAAUGAGUUUGUUGAUGAACACAGACUGGGGACUCUGGGAUAUCCUUCUUAUGGGAUGAAGAGGAGAGACCCAGCCAGGGAACAGAGAGACUGGGGGCUCAGCGGUGAGACAGAUGAGGCCGAGGACCUGGGCUACGGAGGGCAAGUCCUUCCCGGCCAGUGCCAAGACCUUCGGGAAGCUUACAGGUACACACAUGGCCGUGCCAGUGAAGAGUAUGAAUGCUAUGUCAUCCCAGAGGAGGAGGAUGAAGAAGAGCCUGCUGACAUCUUCUGUGUCACUUGCAAAACUCCAGUAAGAACUGUUGAGAAGGAUUUUGAAAUACACAAGGAACAUGAAGUAACGCCGCUCAGCAAAGCGCUGGAAAGCGCCAAGGAUGAAAUUCACAAAAACAUGUGCAAACUGGAACAGCAGAUUAUUGAGAUGGAAAAUUUUGCCAGCCACCUGGAGGAGGUGUUCAUUACAGUGGAGGAGAAUUUCGGAAAACAAGAACAAACCUUUGAGUCACAUUACAAUGAGAUCUUGGAAACCCUCGCUCAAAAGUACGAAGAAAAAAUUCAAGCUCUAGGAGAGAAAAAGAAAGAGAAGCUGGAAGCUUUAUAUGGGCAACUGGUCAGCUGUGGAGAAAAUCUUGACGCCUGUAGAGAGCUGAUGGAAACCAUAGAGGAGAUGUGUCAUGAAGAGAAGGUGGAGUUCUUAAAGGAUGCAGUGGCUAUGACUGACAGACUGGGGAAAUUCCUGAAAACCAAAACAGACGUGGAGCUCUCUGCACAGCCUGAGUUUGAAGACCAGACCUUGGAUUUCUCUGAUGUGGAGCAGCUGAUGGACUCUAUCAACACCAUCCCAGCUCCCUCUGCUCCAGUGAUCAAUCCACAGGCCCCCAACUCGGCCACCGGGUCCUCCGUCCGCGUGUGUUGGAGCUUAUACUCUGACGACACCGUGGAGAGCUAUCAGCUGUCCUACAGGCCAGUGCGGGACAGCUCACCUGGCACAGACCAAGCAGAAGUUACCAUGACAGUCAAAGAAACAUACUGCUCAGUGCGAAAUCUUGAGCCAAAUACCCAAUAUGAGUUUUGGGUGACGGCUCAGAACAGGACCGGCCGCAGCCCCGCCAGUGAGCGUGCGGUGUACAUGACAGCUCCCUCUCCCCCCACUAUAAAAAGUGAGGCAAUCAGAAGCUGUGAAGAGGCUGCCCUCAUUUGCUGGGAGUCUGGGAACCUGAAUCCUGUGGACUCCUAUACAGUGGAGCUGGUCCAGGCAGAAACGCCGGAAGCCUCGGGGGUAACUGAGUCUGUUGUCGGCAUCCCAACCUGUGAGUCCCUGAUACAGCUGCAGCCCGGACACAGCUACACGAUCUACAUCCGCGCCCUCAAUGUCGGAGGCACCAGUGCCAGGAGUGAGCCUGCCACAGUGCACACCACAGGAAGCUACUUCCAGCUGAACAAGGACACCUGCCAUCCCUGGCUGACCAUUUCUGAAGAUGGGUUCACAGUGGUUCGAAGUGAGAAGCAAACUUUCAGAAGGGAGCUGCCACCCAGCAAGACCCAGUUUACCAGGUGUGUUGCUGUCAUUGGAAACCUGAUUCCAGUCCGAGGACGCCAUUACUGGGAGGUGGAGGUAGAGGAGCGUUUGGACUACACCGUCGGUGUGGCCUGUGAAGACGUCCCGAAACAGGAAGACCUGGGAGCAAACUGCUUGUCCUGGUGCAUGAGGCACACAUUUGCCUCCACAAGGCACCGGUAUGAAUUUCUGCACAACAGGACAACUCCCGACAUAAGAAUCACAGUUGCUCCGAAGAAGAUCGGCAUCCUGCUAGACUAUGAAAACUCCAAGCUGUCCUUUUUCAACGUGGACAUUGCUCAGCACCUAUACACAUUCAGCUGUCAGCUGCACCAAUUCGUGCAUCCCUGUUUUUCUUUGGAGAAGGCUGGACGCCUAAAGAUCUGCAAUGGCAUCUCAAUGCCAAAGCAUGUCGCUUUUUUUUAGGCCUUCUGAUGGUGUUUCAGGUCUUCCUGUCCUCUCCCUGGGUCACCCUGACCUUGCUGGCUGACCUCGGUAUUCAUGUUUCCUGAGGCCAGCACAAGCUCAAGUUCACGGUAGUGUCUGGUAGAUGGUGUACUGAGCCCAUUUCCUCUGAUGUGAACUCAUCCAGUGUACGGCUCCCUGUGUGGUGCCGGGGAGCCAUUACCAGACCAGGCUGUCGGAUGAGGGGUCAGACUCUGAACUCAAAGAGCUCUUGUGGGGUCAAACCACACUUGUCUGUUUGUGGAUAUGGAAAGUGUUUUGAGUCUCCUAGCCUAUAGAUCUAGGGAUAGGGUCAGGAGGUCACGAUGGCUUCAGCAGCCCCUGCACAUUGUGACAUUACACUAUUUACUAAGAACAGACCCAAGAAGGCAAAAAA